UUUUCCCAUUUUUUUUAUUGCUAAAGGUGGGGGGGGGGGGUGUUGGAUUUCUUCCUUCUCGCUCUUUGCUCGGAAAAAAAUCGAAAAGGGUGAGAAAAAGAAGGGCGAAUGCUUUGAGAAGGAAGAAAUAACGAGUGGUGAAACGAGAAAAAUAGGAAAUUGCAAACAUUCACGUCUGUACUUGGCAUACACGCAUCUUUUUUUGUUCACAAUCAAACAAGGCAUACAGCUUCUCUUUCUCACCUUUCUUUAAUUUUUCUUCACCCACCCACCAUCCUCCCCUCUUAGUUUCCUUGCACGUUCAUAUCUCACAAAUCCACUUGACAUUAUUGGUUUUACUAUUUUUCUUUAAGAAACACGAAAGAGCAUACAAGCCAAAGAUACACAUCGAUAUUGGCACCGAUACACACAUACAUACGAGCACUCAAUUUGUACAGAGACAAAAAGAAAAGAGUAAAUGCAAAGCAUAACACCACCACUGCAGCCUCGGUCACGGUCACUCCAUUUCCACCAGCAAGAACAGCAUCAGCAAAACCAGCAGCAAACAAGAGGCCAGACGCGCCCUCCCUCUGUAUUCCUGACACCAGCGCCAGCCUCAGAAACAUUAUCGCACCAACCCCCGCUGAGCCUAACAAGCAGCCUCCAAGCGGCGCUAGGCGACUCAUCUGAGCGGUCACUGUCAUUAUCAGCGCCAACGACGCCCUGCAUAUCGCGAACCCCCAGCAACAACCAACCCCAUCCCCACCCUCAGUCUUUGCAUCCGCGCAGCAUAUUCGGCGAAACAAAACCACACACGCUGCCUUUGACAUCACCCUCGGCGGAGAUUCAUUCUUUGCCCAGCACAAGCAUAGAUGGGACGUUCAGACAGAGGUACCUGCGGCAGUAUCCGAGGAGGAUGAGCGUGCAGGGGGCGGCUGGCGUGCCUUCGCUGUCGGUUGGGCCGAUGGCCGAGGGCGGGUCGGCGAGAAUAGAGUCUAGUCGUAGGGGGUCGGUUGCAGCCAACCUCAGUAUCACGCAGGGGCUGCCCGUAGAUCUUGACCGGAUAGACAUGGACGACGACGACGAUGAUUACGAUGAUGAGGAGAGCGAGCGGCUGGACGCCAGCAGCUUUGACGGCGACAUUGACGAGGACUCGAUGGCGGCGGACGACAACGAGGGGUCGCUAGGCUACGCAGCCUCGAGCCACGGCGGCUGCCGAGCCAGCGACUGCGACCUGCUGGAUCCCAGCGACAGAACAAGGGCACUGCGCAGCGGCCCGUUGGACAUGCCUGGGCUGGCUGGCAGGCGGCAGUCGGCGACGGUGCCGCGCAACAAGGCGUUUCUCAGGCUGCUUUCGCUCGUCGAGGAUGACCGCCAGCCGCUGGCCUCGGAGAUGGAGCACGAGGGCCAAAUCACGCGGACAAUCCGGCACACCAACGUGCAAGAGUGGCUGCGCUCCUCGUCAGCACACCUCAACCAACCCAAGACACCCGACGAUCAAAUGGCCCGCUCAUCCUCACCCACCGUGGUCGCCACUGCUGGGCUGGCCUCGCCCCUGCGCAACCAGCCUGGUUUUGCCACGGCUCCAGCUGCCAUCACAAGCAGCAGUGCGCCGGCGCGCGAUAUUCUGUUUCCGACCUCUCCUGCGCUCUCAUCCGUGUCCAGUCACCAGAUGAACACCACCUCGCUGGCCACUUUAGCUGUGUCGACUGCGCGCCCGGCCAAGCGCAAGUCCAUUGACGAUGGCAAUGGCAACGCGUCGCCCGCCGAGUCGUUGCAUACCCAGGGCUCAUCGAGAUCCAUGCACCCUUAUAAGCGCCUGGCCAUGUCCCCAUCCGGCCUGCGCGCGCAGAUCGCCAUUGGCAAAAACGGACGCUCGAUUGCUCUACCUGUGUCACGCUCAGGCCCCUCGUCGCCACUACUGGUAUCGAGACCCGUUGCCCUGCCUAUCACCCUGCCCAGCGCUGCUAGCGUGGUCACCAGCCGUGCUCGCUCGCGGAGCAAUGCUGGGAUGGGCCCUGGUGGACUGAGCAUUCUCCAGGCCAAUGGCGGGUUUAGCCGCAUGAACCUCGAUGACAAAAUGUACGAAAACUCCUGUUAAAUUUCAUCCCUUUUCUCCAGCCUGCCGUUGUAUUUUUUUGUUCCUUAUUAGUUUUUUUUUAUUUAUUUGCAUUCUUGUUACCA